GUCAGUCGGAUUUCAGGACCUCCGAACGACGUAUCUGUACGACGGGAUCUCGGGAUAAUUACGAUAGUGUAUCAGGAAAAUGUGGCAAAUUUAUUAGUGUGACCAAUGUUUGUGAUUUAAUUGGACAUGAUUGAUUGAAAGUGCAUUUGUUUAACAUCAGCAAUAGGAUGUGAUGAAAUAAAAAGUGCUCCUUCUUUCUGACUAAAUUAUGUCCUGAUCAAUCUGAAAUUUAUAACAUGGUUACGACCAUAAACAACCUACUUUACCUUUGUUUUGUUUUUCUCUCGGAUUUGUAUCUAUCGAGAAGCGAUCCUCUCUUGGACGGUAAACAUCAGUUGACUUCACGAACGGUACGAACUAAAUACGGUGACGUUAGUGGUGUUAUUGUUUCUUUAGACGCUAAACAUCUUGAACCGGUCGAGGUGUUCCGAGGAAUUCCUUACGCGAGUCCUCCAUUGGGAAGUUUAAGGUUUAUGCCUCCGGUAACGGGUGCUUUGUGGCAAGGUGUGAAAAUUGCGGAUAAAUUCAGUCCGGUAUGCCCGCAAAGGCUGCCGGAUAUUUCGAACGAGACAGCGGCUUUAAGACGGAUGCCGAAGGGUCGAUUGGAAUACUUGAAAAGGCUGUUGCCCCACUUGAAGGAGCAAAGCGAGGAUUGCCUCUACUUGAAUAUUUACGCUCCAGCUCAAGCAGGAACACGCGGCGAGGGAAGUAGCUCUCCCAAAUAUCCCGUAAUCGUUUUCAUCCACGGGGAGAGUUACGAGUGGAACUCAGGCAACCCCUACGAUGGCAGCGUCCUGGCCAGCUAUGGAGGCGUGGUCGUAGUCACCGUUAAUUACCGCCUCGGGAUCCUGGGAUUUCUCAACGCUAAUACCGACCCAUACUCCAGAAGCCCUGCUAAUUAUGGUCUCAUGGACCAAAUAGCUGCGUUACAUUGGAUCCAAGAGAAUAUUGCCGUUUUUGGCGGUGAUCCUAGCAAUGUUACGUUGUUGGGACACGGUACAGGUGCGGCGUGUGUCAAUUUCCUGAUAACAUCAAGCGCAGUUCCCGAAGGUGUACUUUUCCACCGCGCCAUUUUGAUGUCGGGAUCAGCGUUGUCUCCGUGGGCCCUCAUCCAGGAGCCAUCUAGAUUUGCUGCACAGGUAGCAGUACACGCCAAUUGUUCACCUGAGUUACCACAUCCUCAUUUACUGAAGUGCCUUCGAGAGAAACCUGUGGAGUUAUUAUUGUCAACUCCAAUUUUGCAUCAACCAGAAUUUGCCUUCGCUUUUGGACCCAGUGUCGAUGGUGUUGUGAUCGACACUGGGGAACCACCAGGUGGCGACAGUGCGCAUUAUAACGAGUUCGACAGUAACAAUAUAAAACCGCUUAAACCCGAGCCCCAGAAUGCUAUUACCAUUCUAAAUAACGUCUUGUUGCGAAAAUCAGUCAUUUCGAAGCUUUCUAGAUACGAUUUACUAUUAGGGGUUGUGAAAGCUGAAGCUUAUUUCGCAUUCAACGGAGAAGACGUUCAAUACGGAAUCGAAGCGGACAGAAGAUCGAAAAUACUAAGAACUUUCGUUCGAAAUACUUAUAGUUAUCACUUGUCGGAAAUCUUAGCGACGAUAGUGAACGAGUAUACUGACUGGGAACGGCCGGUUCAACAUCCGAUUAAUAUUAGGGACGAAACCCUUGAGGCUCUAUCAGAUGCACAAUACGUAGCUCCUGUUAUACAUACUGCAGAUUUGCACUCUGCUGAACACCGGAAUUCGUACUUGUACGUGUUUGAUUAUCAAACCAAGUUUGGAGAUUAUCCACAGAGGCAGGGCUGCAUUCAUGGAGAAGAUUUACCAUAUUUAUUUGGUGCGCCACUGAUAGGAGGUCUUAUGCAUUUUGCAAAAAACUAUACAAAAUCCGAGAUAGCCCUAUCGGAAAUAACAAUGAUUUACUGGAGUAAUUUUGCCAGAACUGGAAAUCCAAAUGAAUCACCCGAUGGAGAGACGCAUGGACUUAGACUAGAGAGAAGUAGACUAAAAAAUGUAGAAUGGACGGCCUAUGAAGGGGUUCAUAAGAAAUAUUUGAAUUUGGAUACAAAACCUAAAUUAAAAAAUCACUAUCGUGCCCACCGUCUCUCCUUCUGGUUAAAUUUAGUACCAGACCUACAUAAACCUGGAGGUGAUGACGUGCCGAUGUCCCAUCAUGAACUUCCUGAUGACGAGCCACCUCCUCCUAAGCUACCUACGUUAAAUCCCAGGAAAUUAACCACAACGGAAGUCCCAGUAGAUCUUCGAAAUCUGCAAUCUAUAAAUAAUACUUCAAUUACGAUGAAUCCCAUGGAUUCGACUGAAAGAGUAGAAGAGCUUGGUGGAAUCAGUACUACAGUCCAUCCAGUUGAAGAUGGUUUUGCUGCAUAUUCCACAGCACUGAGCGUAACUAUAGCAAUAGGUUGCUCGCUUCUUAUCCUCAAUGUCUUGAUAUUUGCUGGAGUCUACUAUCAAAGGGAUAAAACAAGAAUGAAUGAAAACGGCGGUCAUCCUAAGAAACGGAAUGAAAACGGUCAAAUGCCUAACAACAUCUGCGGGGAUCUAGAAAGUAGCAUUAUCGGUGUUAAAACCGAUCCGGCUACUAUUCUAGGUCACCAUCAUUCACAUCAUCAACUUCCUCCGCCAGAGUUUGCGGAUAUACCGCAAAAUAACGCAACUCUGCCGAGACCUCCUCCUCCUCCUAAGCUAUCAAAAGCAAACGUUAAUACAUUGUCUACGCAUGGACAUCAGAUACCUGAAAAUCAACCGUUAUUGUCAACGCAUAGCAUACAGCUGAUGAACACCGGCACAUUAACAAAGAAAAAUACUCAAAUGAACUCUAAACAUAAUGUUAAAAUGGAAGAAUUGAGAGUGUGACGACGUUACGUGCACUGACUUUGUGUGCAAUAACUUUUGCUCAAACUUUAUUUAUUUUUUGGACGGAGUGAACUAGAAAUGUUUGUGGUGGUAUGGGGUAAGGUGCUGCAUGCUCUGAUAAGCGCAGCACUAAACAAUGUAAAAAAUUAAAAUAUAGAAGAAUGCACAUUGAAUGAAGUAUUUUCGUCUCAAUUUACAAUAUCAAAAAAAACUCUAAUAGAUAGGAAGAAAUUUCGGUUUAAAUUUCUAUCAAAAACUGAUAUAAGCAAUCGCACUUAGCCAUUCAAUUGAGAUAUUCUAUCCUUCUGGGAGUUGCUGGUGAAAACUGAUGUAAUCUUGUUAGAAAUUGAUAUAUUGUGAGAAGUUUUUAGAAUAAUAAAAUUCAUCUCUAUUAUUUUCAA